AGCUCUGAGCGCUGCUGUGUGUUUGGAAGGAGGGAUGCUGCUGUCAAUUUCUGGGACCGCUGCUGCGAGGAGUGGGCGUGGCUUCGGCAGUGUGGAUGCUUGUUAGAAAAGAUGCUGAGUGCUUUUCAGUGAGGAGUCAGGGCUCUGUGUGUGUGUGCGUGUGUGAGAGAGAGAGAGAGAGAGAGAGGAGGGAAGGAGAAAAGACGGAGGGAGGGAAGAAGGGAGAGACAGAGAGAGAGAGAGAGAGACAGACCUAGAGGUGCUGAAGACCCAGGCAGAGCUGGGAGAGGGACAGAGAACAGAACUGGAGCGCUCAGAGAGCCUCUCAAGAUCUUUUGGGGGAGCCCAAUAAAUGUGAACAUGAGGUCUGUCACCGGAGCUGUCCUCAAGACGCUACUUCUGUUAUCUACUCAAAAUUGGAAGAGAGUCGAAGCUGGGAAUUCCUAUGAUUGUGACGAUCCUCUCGUGUCUGCUUUGCCUCAGUCAUCAUUCAGCAGCUCUUCCGAGCUCUCUAGCAGUCAUGGUCCCGGGUUUGCAAGGCUAAAUCGAAGAGAUGGAGCUGGUGGCUGGUCUCCACUUGUGUCAAACAAGUACCAGUGGUUGCAGAUUGACCUUGGAGAGAGAAUGGAGGUCACUGCUGUGGCCACCCAAGGUGGAUAUGGGAGCUCCAACUGGGUGACCAGCUACCUGCUGAUGUUCAGCGACAGUGGCAGGAACUGGAAACAAUAUCGACAAGAGGACAGCAUCUGGGGUUUUUCAGGAAAUGCGAAUGCAGACAGUGUUGUGUACUAUAGACUCCAGCCUUCUAUCAAAGCCAGAUUUCUGCGCUUCAUCCCUCUAGAAUGGAACCCCAAGGGCAGAAUUGGAAUGCGAAUCGAGGUGUUUGGAUGUGCAUAUAGAUCAGAAGUGGUUGAUCUUGAUGGAAAAAGUUCCCUUCUCUACAGAUUUGAUCAAAAAUCCCUGAGCCCAAUAAAAGAUAUUAUUUCUUUGAAAUUUAAAACUAUGCAGAGUGAUGGGAUUCUGCUCCACAGAGAAGGGCCAAAUGGAGAUCACAUCACGCUGCAAUUGAGAAGAGGAAAACUCUUUUUACUUAUUAAUUCAGGUGAAGCUAAGCUGCCCUCCAUUCCUGUUCUGAUCAAUCUCACCCUGGGCAGCCUGCUAGAUGAUCAGCACUGGCACUCUGUGCUCAUCCAGCGCUUGGGCAAACAAGUCAACUUUACAGUGGACGAGCACAGGCGUCAUUUCCACGCACAGGGAGAAUUCAAUUACCUGGACCUUGGUUAUGAGAUCAGCUUUGGAGGGAUUCCAGCACCUGGAAAAUCAGUGUCAUUCCCACAUAAAAAUUUUCAUGGAUGUUUAGAAAAUCUCUAUUAUAAUGGAGUGGAUAUCAUUGAUUUGGCCAAGCAACAAAAACCACAGAUCAUCGCUACGGGAAAUGUGUCAUUUUCUUGUUCACAACCACAAUCCAUGCCUGUGACUUUUCUGAGCUCCAGGAGUUACUUAGCACUGCCAGGCUUUUCCGGAGAGGAUGAGGUUUCUGCCGCUUUUCAAUUUCGAACUUGGAAUAAGGCAGGGCUUCUGCUAUUCAGUGAACUGCAACUGGUUUCCGGGGGUCUCCUCCUCAUUCUUAAUGAUGGAAAACUUAAGCUGAAUCUCUACCAGCCAGGAAAAUUACCCAGUGACAUCACAGCAGGUGCUGGAUUAAAUGAUGGGCAGUGGCAUUCUGUCUCUUUGUCUGCUAAAAGGAACCACCUGAGUGUGACAGUGGAUGGCCAUGUGGCUUCUGCUGCUCCUUCGCUGGGACCUGAGCCAUUUUAUUCAGGUGGCACCUAUUAUUUUGGAGGUUGUCCUGACAAAAGCUUUGGAUCCAAAUGUAAAAGUCCACUUGGUGGAUUUCAGGGAUGUAUGAGACUUAUUUCUAUCAGUAACAAAGUGGUAGAUCUGAUUUCAGUUCAGCAGGGGUCCCUUGGGAACUUCAGUGACCUUCAGAUUGACUCAUGUGGCAUCUCAGAUAGGUGUUUGCCCAACUACUGUGAGCACGGUGGUGAAUGCUCUCAGUCCUGGAGCACCUUUCACUGUAACUGCACCAACACUGGUUACCGGGGAGCUACGUGCCAUAACUCUAUCUAUGAGCAGUCAUGUGAAGCCUAUAAGCACAGAGGAAAUACUUCAGGGUUUUACUAUAUAGAUUCAGAUGGAAGUGGUCCCCUGGGACCAUUUCUUCUAUAUUGCAAUAUGACUGAAACUGCAUGGACCAUCAUACAACACAACGGCUCCGACUUAACAAGAGUCAGAAAUACUAAUCCAGAGAACCCAUACGCUGGGUUUUUCGAGUACGUGGCCAGCAUGGAGCAACUCCAGGCCACUAUUAACCGUGCCGAGCACUGUGAACAGGAGUUUACUUACUACUGCAAGAGGUCACGGCUUGGCAAUAAGCAAGAUGGUGCCCCUCUGAGCUGGUGGAUUGGAAGAACCAAUGAAACACAAACUUACUGGGGAGGUCCUUUGCCUGAUUCUCAAAAAUGUACUUGUGGAUUAGAGGGGAACUGCAUUGAUUCUCAAUAUUACUGCAAUUGCGAUGCUGACCGGAAUGAAUGGACCAAUGACACUGGAUUGCUAUCUUAUAAAGAACAUCUGCCAGUAACUAAGAUAGUGAUUACAGACACAGGCCGACCACAUUCAGAAGCCGCUUAUAAACUGGGCCCUCUACUUUGCCAAGGAGACAGGUCAUUUUGGAAUUCAGCUUCCUUUGAUACUGAGGCUUCGUACCUUCAUUUUCCUACUUUCCAUGGAGAACUUAGUGCUGAUGUGUCUUUCUUUUUUAAGACAACAGCUUCAUCUGGAGUAUUUUUAGAGAACCUGGGGAUUACUGAUUUUAUACGGAUAGAACUACGUUCUCCUACAAUAGUGACUUUUUCAUUUGAUGUGGGGAAUGGGCCUUUUGAAAUCUCAGUGCAGUCACCCACCCACUUCAAUGACAAUCAGUGGCACCAUGUUAGAGUUGAAAGGAACAUGAAAGAAGCAUCCAUUCAAGUGGAUCAGCUCACACCAAAGACACAACCUGCUCCAGCAGAUGGUCACGUCCUCUUACAGCUCAACAGUCAACUCUUUGUGGGUGGAACGGCCACCAGACAGAGAGGCUUCCUGGGCUGCAUUCGGUCUCUGCAGUUGAAUGGGAUGACCUUGGAUUUGGAAGAAAGGGCCCAGGUGACUCCAGAGGUGCAGCCGGGUUGUAGGGGACAUUGCAGCAGCUAUGGAAAGUUAUGCCGCAAUGGAGGGAAAUGCAGAGAAAGGCCCAGUGGGUUCCUUUGUGACUGCACUUUCUCUGCAUACACAGGGCCAUUCUGCUCCAAUGAGAUUUCUGCAUAUUUUGGAUCUGGCUCAUCUGUGAUUUACAGUUUUCAAGAAAAUUAUUUUUUAAGUAAAAACUCCAGCUCCCACGCUGCUUCAUUUCAUGGUGAUAUGAAGCUGAGCAGAGAAAUGAUCAAAUUUAGCUUCCGAACAACACAAACACCAAGCCUGCUGCUUUUUGUGAGCUCCUCUUACAAAGAAUACCUUUCAGUUAUCAUUGCCAAAAAUGGAAGUUUGCAGAUAAGGUACAAGCUAAAUAGAUAUCAAGAACCUGAUGUUGUUAACUUUGAUUUUAAAAACAUGGCUGAUGGACAACUUCACCACAUAGAAAUUAACAGAGAAGAAGGAGUGGUCUUUGUAGAGAUUGAUGAGAGUACAAGGAGACAAGUUCACCUGUCAUCAGGCACAGAAUUCAGUGCAGUCAAAUCUCUGGUACUGGGCAGAAUUUUAGAACACAGUGACAUAGACCAGGAGACAGCACUGGCCGGCACACAGGGCUUCACAGGCUGCCUCUCUGCGGUGCAGCUCAGCCAUGUGGCCCCUCUGAAGGCUGCUCUGCGCCCCAGCCACCCAGCCCCCGUCACUGUUACAGGUCACGUGACUGAGUCCAGCUGUGUGACCCAGGCUGGCACGGAUGCCACAUCGAGAGAAAGGACACACUCAUUUGCAGAUCAUUCUGGAACAAUAGAUGACAAAGAGCCCCUAGCUAAUGCAAUCAAAAGUGACUCUGCAGUCAUUGGAGGUCUGAUAGCUGUUGUGAUCUUUAUCUUGCUUUGCAUCACUGCCAUAGCUGUCCGCAUUUAUCAGCAGAAAAGGUUAUACAAAAGAAAUGAGGCAAAAAGGUCAGAGAACGUAGACAGUGCUGAGGCUGUUUUGAAAAGUGAGCUUAAUAUACAAAACACAGUGAAUGAAAAUCAGAAAGAGUACUUCUUCUGAUGGGCAGCUAUGAUUUAACUUAUGACCAUUUGUUUUAAUAGCCAGGGGCUCUCAAUGGACAAAAAAAAAAAAAAUGUUCUUACACUGAAUGUACAGGUGAUGGAUCUGCAGCACGGCCGUCUUGCCACGUCCAGUCUCGGAAGGGCUCCGGGAAGCUCCGUCCAGUGACAUAUUUCUCGUAGCAAUCGUUCUACGUAACAAGGAAUUAGAGAUUGCUGUUAAUUUCCAACUGUUCUGAGAUGAUCUAAAACAACUUUAACUUGCUUAAUGACUACAGUUUUUGUGUGUGAAAACUGUAGCCCUGGUCUCUUAACCAUGCAAUGCAUAAGUUUUGUUAGAGUUAAAAAUCAAAUUUGGGCUUAUAUUGACCUUGCUUUAUUUGAGAACAAAUGCUGUGUUUGCUUUAGUCUUCCCAGGGUGUUAUUCAUAGACCUGGAAAUGCUUCUCAGAUCCUGUUUGGCUGGUGUUCGCAUCCUCAGCGGCCACGAGUAUUUAAAUGCCUUUGCUUUUCUCCGUGUUACAUUCAAUAUAAUACAUCAAUAGUCUUGAAAAAAGUUUUGUUGUCCUUGGUUUGUUUGUAUUGCUCUUUUUUUCCUAUUUGACUCUUCUUAAUGAUUUUGAAUGCAUUGGGUUUUGAGGGUUAGACUUCAACUCUGAACGUUCAAUUCAUAGGCAAGAAGACUCAGAAAGUGCAGUGUUUGUUAGUAUGUGAACUUUUAAAAGUUUUUUAUUUAAUUUGCUUGUUUGAUGGUGACAGUAAUUAAGACCCUGAGUAAUGCCAAUUUCCCAAAGAAUGUAAAAUGUUUGCAAUUAAACUUAAUAUAAAAAAUUCUUGACACAGCAAAAUAUUAUUUUUAAUUACAACUGUAAUACCUCAAAAUGAAAUAUACUUCUGAGGAUAUUUUUCCCCAAACCUUAUGUAAGCUUUUUUCCCAUAGGUUUAUAUUUCUGUUUUUCUAAAGUUUAUCACUAGCUUUGCUUUGAUCUCCCAUGACUGUCUUCCUUCUUAUAUAUUAGGAAAAACAGAGACAAAUGGAAGUAUAGAUCUCCACUCCCCGUUCUAAAAUAUUUACCCCUUCAGGCAUACAUUUUGCUGUGCAUUGAACUCUAAGACAUAUUUUUCUUUUAAAUAUGAGCUGCAACCAUGCCCCCUUUCCACACAAGCAGUAGAGUAAUUAGAGGAUGCUCACUCUAAGGGGAGAUAGUGUAUUAUAUGAUCUAUACUAAAUCUGUCAUUCUGGUCACCUCUCAUCUAGGAUGAGGGGGGGUUAAUUUCUCAAAAAUUACCAAGAAUCAAUAUAACCCACUGACUAUACAUUCUGAUUAGGGUGUCGGUAUACAUUUGGAGAUCAAACAAUUAUUAAUAACCGUAUAGAGCUGUUAUAGUAAUUAAUUUUGAGGCCAUGUAAACAAGGUGCUUGCAUGGACGUAUGUUUGAAUUCUAUAAGCCAACUAUAUAAUAAAGGCACUUUAUUAUCCAUACUCACACUGUCAAGUGCCUCUCAAGUAAAAAUUGGGUUUCUUAGGUUGUCCAUACCAGAACAAUUUGGAAAUAUGUAAAUUCAGCACUACUAUCAGCUUAUUUUCUGUCUUUUGCUCGUUAACUGUUCUUGUAAAACUUGCCUGUCUUUUCUCAUAGCACUGUAUUCCUGUUGAUGUUUCUGUAAAAGUUUAAGUAAAUCUUAAGGACCUGAAUUAAUAUAGUAGUUUAUGAAGUAUCUAUGUUGGUAAAUGGUAUACUUUUUUUUUUUAAUUGGAAGAAGACCGGUGGUGGCGAGGGAAAGAUUUGACAUAGAAAUGGUAGUAUUUAUUCGACGCAAAGCUGAAUGAAUGCAAACAUCGUCACGGCUCUGAAUCUAUACAAGUGUUCAUCUUAUUUAGAAGCAGUAUUAACUUUGUUGGUAGCUGGAAUGUAGACAGGUUUAUAGAUGGUGAAACCUCAUAGUCCUCCUUGGUCUGCACUGCUAGAGACUCAACAGUAUGGCAUCAAAACACACCAAUAUAUCAUAUGCCAUAAUUUUGAUUUCCUGAUUUGUAAUGUGUUCCUUCUUUUUUCUUAAUAAAAUGCAUUUUUGAAAUAAAAUGCACAAUAUAUUUUAAGAGAUGUAUAAA